AUGCUGCAGCGUCAAAGAGCAGCAGCAGCAGCAGCAGCAGCAGGAUCCUCAUCAUCAUCCUCAGCAGCAGCAGCAGCAGCAGCAGCAGCAGAGGGUACUGUGAGCCCGGCGGGGAGGCCUGCUGCUUCUGCUUCUCCCUCCCCUGUUGUCUCUCCGUAUGAAGUCUGCACCUGCAUAGAGGCCCUCUCCAGCUGUCUCCUCGCAGCCUUUAUGCAGCAGCAGCAGCAGCAGCAGCAGCAGCAGCAGCAGCAGCAGCAGCGGCGGCGGAGGCAGCUGCAGGCUCCAGAAGUCUCUCUAGACAGGGAGAAGCCGCACGGAGCAGCAGGAACAGCAGCAGCAGCAGCAGCUGCUGCUGCAGCAGCAGCAGCAGCAGAUCGGGAGACAACGGUGUUCCUCAGCAGCAGCAGCACAUUUGCUGCUGUGCUGCAGCUGCUGCUGUCGGCGCUGCUGCGAACGGAUGAUGAGGCGCUGCUGCAGGAGGGUAUUUGUUGUGUGGCUCUUGCUGUUGCAUGCGCUCCCGAGGUGGUAGACCAGCAGCAGCAACAGCAGCGAACGGAUGAUGAGGCGCUGCUGCAGGAGGGUAUUUGUUGUGUGGCUCUUGCUGUUGCAUGCGCUCCUGAGGUGGUAGACCAGCAGCAGCAGCAACAGCAGCAGCAGCAGCAGCAGCAGCAGCAGCAGCAGCAAGUGCCUCUCUAUAACCUACUCAUGUACACCGCAGGCUGUCUUCAGGCCCGCAGCGAUGUCUCUGCUGCUGUCUCCUCUCGUGCUGCUGCUCUGUGGGAGCUGUUGGUUGGGGUGACCCCGAGGGCCUCUUCCCUCUUCUACUCAACUCUCGCGCCUACCAGCAGCAGCAGCAGCAGCAGCAGCAGCAGCAGCAGCAAAAGGAGCGGGCACAGCCCCCGCAGCAUCAACAGCAACAGCAGCAGCAGCAACAGCAGCAGCAGAGAGAAAGGGCUGCGACACUCCCAGCAGCAGCAGCUUCCAGUGCUGCUGCUGAUGCAGCAGCAGCAGCUGCUGCUGCUGAGUCCCUUAGCAGCAGCCGCAGCAGCAGCAGCACAUGCAGCAUGGAUGUAA